CCCCGUCUAACACCCGGCUGAGAAAAUGUUGCAGGACUUAAGUGAAUGGUGCGCAAGUUAUGCGCUUUUAAUCAAAUUAGCUACAUUGCAGACAAUAAGCACUUGAAGCGGGUUGACAACUGUACUAAGUUGGCAGUGGGCUGGUGGCUCCCCCCACCCCAGGGUCUUACUGACGGGGAGGGAAAGUGUCUGCUGUCUGGAUCCUGGGCUCUAAAGGCUAUUUUGAAAAGUUGCCCCUUCUCUUUCUCACUCUCUCUUGCACACACACACACAAAUGCCCACACACACAGCUGCUAGAAACCAUGACAGAAGAUGACGGAUACAGUUGUCACAGAGGGACAAGUCAAGUUUAGAGAUGGAAAAAAGUGGAAGACUCGUUGGGUUGUUCUCCAGAAGCCCUCCCCGGUCGCAGAUGGCUUGACUUUGCUUGUGUGCAAGGAGAAGAAGAAGAAAGGGAAAAGCAGCGGACACAAGGAGAGGCUGAAUGUAACACUGGAGGGGAUUUGUGGUGUGGAGCCAGGAACCGGGUAUGACGGCGUGCCCUACACUCUGUCCAUCCUCUGCCUGGCAAGAACCCUUAUCCUGGGUUUUAAGAACAGAGACUCCCUGCUGAGCUGGGAUGCUCGGAUCCGCUACAGCCUGGGUGAAGCUCACAGGUUCUUUGUCAGCGUGGAACCAGGCACCAAACUGGAAAGUGGGCCUGCCUCCCUUCAUCUGUGCAACAACUUGUUGGUCCUCAGCAGAGGCCUGCCUCCGGUGGUGAUUGGUCACUGGAAACUGUCGGCGCUGCGUCGAUACGGUGCCGUGCCUCAUGGCUUUGUGUUUGAGGGAGGGACUCGCUGUGGAUUCUGUAAGUAAAUACUAACUCUAAGGAUGAGAGAGGCAAGUCAAAUCAACUAGCAAAGUAGGUUUAAAACCUGGUUACUGAGAGGAAUUUGUUUGAUUUAAACAUGCAAAACCGCUGAGUGUUUCUCAAAACAACAUAAGUUCUUUUUAUGCUUGGAUGAACUAAAACUAAUUUAAAAACUUUGGUAAAAUUUGUUAAAGAAGACAGAGAAAAGAAAGCAUGGUGAGCAAAAGUAGGAAUUGAAAUCUCUUCCCUUAAGGUCCACUGAUUAAGACUUAGCUCUACAGUUUUCAGAUGCAGUCUGAUGACAAUAUUGUAGUAGUUAGAGCUCUGGUGAUGGGUCCAGUAAGGAUGCAGGAAGGUCAAACACGUCGCAACAUUUACAGAUCUCAAAGCACUUGUCGUGGUCCAGUAGCUGUCGAUCUGUUACUGUGUUUGUACAUUUUUCUUGGG